AUGGACGCGCACGCAAACUAUUCUUUGAAGAAGAAGCCAUUCUUACAACUUUCCAAGGUCGUCGGCGACUUGUGGGAGCGAUACCUCCAGCUCCUCGAUGAUGGCGUUCCAGAUGGUGAUGCGAUGGACCAACUCGGUUGCAAACGCUACUGCUGCCGAAGGAUGGUCAUGACACACGUUGAUCUGAUUGAGAAAUUGCUACGAUACAAUCCCUCCGAGCGAGAAAAGGCCAAGUCUCAGGCGUGA